AUGAGCACCUUCUCCGAGGCCCACCCGGAGUAUUCUGCGGGGCUCCUCAGCUUCGUACUGGAGUACAUGACCUUCACCUUCUGGCCCACCAACAGCUUCAUCCCGCAGGCAAACGUAUGCCAAACGAGCUGUUCCACGGGACAAAAGAGGUUCUGCGGGUGCACGUGCAUGAUCGACGCCUUUGCCAUCGACGACGAGCAGGUGGGGUGGGUGGGUGGGUGGGUCUACGCCUACAUGGAGGACUUCAUGACAUCAGCGAGCGUUAAGUUUCAGGGGGACCAGUACAUUUCGUACGACGGCGACGUUCGAUUCCCGUACGGGUUCAUGCAGGCGAGAACGCGUGACAACCCCACGUCGUCUUUGUACCCUCCUUCCCAGGACCAAAACCGCCUCAGCGAUGAGGAGAACCUGCUGCUCAUGCGGUACCUCAUCAAGAUCGGGUGUGAGCCCGGCGCCGUGGGAUCUAUGAUGACCCUCGCCAGCCCAUUAGACCCGCUGUUUUACAUGCUUCAUUCCAUGUUCGAGAAAGCGCUGCACAUCUUGUGGCUUUCGCCGAAGUACCGCGAUUCGUUCUCCAUGGACUGGGCGGAAGACGGGCUCUGCCCCGGGAGCGGAUACACGGACGAGCUCCCUUUCACGGAGUACUUGUUGGGCCUGGGAGAGGGGACGGCGUUCAUGACGAACGAGCGCCUCUUGGAGCUCUUGCACCCGUCGAACCCGGCCGUGCCGUACAUCUACGAAGAUUUCGCCAGGUGGGGCACGAGUGACUUGGAGCAGUGGGACCCGUACAACACCAAGAACGAGGGGUUUCCGCCGCCGUCGGAGAAGAAAGGGGAGCGCCGCGGGAGUGAAUAG